AUGACAAAACAUUUUCUUGGCAACUCAUCGGGGAUGAUGAGGAUACUGUGUUUUGUGCUUAUUCUACUGGGACGACAAUUAUGUUUCGGAGUCGAGCCUGAGGUCACGAGUGAAUUUCUCGACGCUUGUACGGAAGGUAACUUGGAAGUCUUGCAAGAAACCCUGCGAAUACAUCCUACGUGGGUAAACGGUCGGUCACCAGAAGGCGAAACUUGUCUGCAUGUGGCGGCAAUUAUGGGACAUCCCGAGACAACCGCAUUGAUUUUAAAAAAGGGUGGCGAUCCCAAUAUCCGCACGACCUUUGCAGAUGGACUCCGGAUGCACCCUCUCAGCUGGAACGUCUACGGCGGUCACGUGGAGACGGCCCGAGUCCUACUCCAGCAUGGUGCCCAAGUCAACGCGGACUUUGAUCACCUGGUAAAAGAGAACGGGCAAACAAAACCUAUCACGGUGCUGGAUAUGGUCUCGGACGUCAUCGGGACCGAUGCCGGGUCGAAAGAGCC